AUGGUCCGAUCCAGCCUGUUCUCGCGCCGUAAGGACACGAUCAGCGUCUCGGUCCUCGAGGACACGCUCUUCCUGCACCCGCCAAGCUCGCCCGCCUCGCCGACACCGCGCACGUCGGACGAGUUCGCCAACCAGGAGCCGACGCACGACCCGAUCCUGCACGGCCAAAUUUGCCUCGUGUGCACGGCGCCGCGCAAGGCGCGCAGGAUCCGCGUCGAGCUCGUCGGCCGCGUCACCCGGCACGGCGGUGACGGGUCGCACAACUACGAGAGCUCGGUUUCGCUCGACAAGCACCUCGAGAUCGACUUGCACGGCGAGCGGCUCGAGACGGGCACCCACACCUACGACUUUAGCUUCAUCAUCCCGAGCUCGACGGCGGUCGGCGAGCGGUCCAACUUUGGCACGGUCCGGCACACGGUCCGCGCAGUGCUCGUCGGCGUCGGCUCGUUCCAGGACCUCGUGUCGUUGCCGCGCCCGAUCUACCUCAUCGCCAACCCGGCCGCACCAGGCGACCUCCCGUCGGGCCUCGAGAUUGACGUGCGCCACACCCAGUCGGAACUCGGGCCCAUCUCGCUCCACAUCUCGUCGCCGCACCUGACGGUCGCGAGCCUCAUCUUCUUGAGCGUCUGUUUCGAGCAGCCCCCCGAGGGCAUGAAGAUCAUGUCGGUCCAAGCGUUCGUUCGGCAAGAGUUCGAGAUCCAUUAUUCAGACGAGCAGGUCCCCGUCAGCAAGCCGCCGCUGCAGCGCAAGCUCCUCUUCUACAUCGACUCGUCUACGCCUCUCGCCCACUCGACCGACGACCUUCUCGACCGCGACCACCUGUCGCGAGGCGCACCGCCUCCUCUCGCCUACGAGCCUCGAGCGCUCCUCCCGCAGCCGCUCGCUCGCCUCGAGGGCGGCAAAGAGUGGAUGUACGCGCGCGUGACGCGCAUCCCGGACGACGACUCGGUGCGGCCGACGACGCUCGAGGGGACCGACACGCCGAUCCGCGUCAAGCACCAGCUCGUGUGCCAGGUCCGGUACCGCUUCAAGGGCAGCAGGAAGGAUCAGGUCCUCGAGAUGGCGAGCGCCGUCACGAUCGCGUCGUGUUGCUGCCUCACGUCGUCGCUCCUCCUCCCCGAGUACCGCACCCGCCAUCACGCCUCGUCGCACCUCACCGGCUCGUCGUCCCUCCCGUCAUCCGGCUUCGCGACACCCUCCUCCCGCUCGCGUUCGGCCUCGCCCGGCCCCGACGCCGCCCUCUCGUCCCUCGCCUCGGGCUCGUCCAUCGGCGUCGACUCGCCGACCGGGUCCAUCACGCCGUUCCACCGCCGGUGUCUCUGCAACACGCCGCUGCAGAAGCUCGUCGACCAGGAGGGCGAGCGCCUGUGCGGCGCCGCAGCCGCCAUGAGCCAGAGCCGCUCGCGGUCUCGCGCCCCCGGCGACGCGCCAGGCCGCAGCCGCAGCAGCUCGCGCACGCUCCUGUCGCCGCCGUCGUCGUCCGGGUCCGGGACGCCGCUCGGCUCGCGCUCGCGCUCGACGAGCGAGCUCCGGCUCGCGCCGCUCGGGGUCGAGCACGACGAGGCGUCCGAGCGCGCUCGAGGGCGGGCGCGCGACGUUGCGCGACGGGCCGUCAAGGCGGGCGAGACGUACCCGGUGCCGCGCGAGCCGUACUGGGGCCGGGGCGAGCUGGGUCCGUGCGGCGGUGGCGGCGCGGCGGGAGAAGGGGCGGGCAUGGAUUGGGAGACUCAGGCGGCGGCUCUCCGGCCGAUCAGGGCCGUCGAGGUUGGGACGAGCAGAAGCUUGGCGGCUGGCGGAGGUGGUCCCGUCGGGCGGCAGGUCGUUGUCGGCGCGUGA